AUGUUCUAUGGUUAUUCUGUCUUGAAGAUGAAUAGUGUUGGAGAGGGCUGCACUGACCUAAAACGGGAAUAUGACCAGUGCUUUAACCGUUGGUUUGCUGAGAAAUUCUUGAAGGAAGAUCGAAGCGGUGAUCCCUGUACCGAAAUGUUCAAGAAAUAUCAGCAUUGUGUCCAGGUAAAUACAUGAUAUCAAACACGGACAUAUGUUGUUAGCUAGCUAUCCGCCUGAUGUUUCCUCAUAAUCACCACUCAUUGAUGCUGCACCGUUUACUGUUAGGUAACCAAAACAGCCAUGAUGCAAGACCAAUGUGUCAGUUGUCAUGAUAUUAGGUCCCAGAAUAAGUAUAUUAUUCAAAAGACUGAAGCACAGAUAAAAGGGGAAACUUAGCUAGCUUGUUAUAAAACAUAUUUGACCAAAAGACAUCAAUGUAUUGGAAAUAAAUAUAUCCUCAAUAAAUGAUAUAGGCCUACUGUCUUCUCAGAAUUAAUUAUUAUUUAGUGUUUUUAAAUGUCAGAUGUCUAAUCUAAUGAGACAGCUACAUAUGUUGUGCUUGUAUUUGCAGAAGGCCAUCAAAGAAAAGGACAUUCCCAUUGAUAGCGUAGAAUUCAUGGGCCCCAAUAAAGAGAAACCAGACAGCUGA